GCUUGGCUAGCUGACUUGGAUCACCUCCUAGAUUUUAGGAGAAAUAACCAUUGCCAAGUUUGAAUUUGCUAAACCUUUAGGCUUUGCUGGCAGGAAAGAAGCAUUCCCCUCUUGGAGCAUAUAAUGGAUACAGAAGAUAUGGGCUCCGGUAAACUCGGCCAAAUAUUGAAGCAGAUUUGGAGACAGAACCUGAUGCUGAAGCAGGCACUCCUGGGCCAUGACCACGGUGAAGGGGCCGGUGGGGCCACGUGGACAGCCACAGUGGUCUUUCUGGGUCAAGAGCUCGGUGGGGCCCUUCAGCAGCUCUUGGAGCACACAGCAGGCACACUGCGCUCCACCUGCCAGCAGCUGUGUGUCCUGCUGGACAAGGAGAAUCAAUGUACCUGGAGACAAGAAAUCAUUACUUUCAUAGACUGCCUCACGAAAAUAAAUGAAUAUUUGGGGAGCACUGCUGCACUUCUAAAGGAAGAAGGAAAGCAGAUGUGUAAGUUAUGCGGCGUGCAUGAUGAGUGUACUCCACUGCGGACAAUGUCUGCCAUUCAGGAUAUCAAAGCAACAGACAUUGCUGCAAGAGGGGAACAAAAUGUCAUAGAAACAGCCACUGUUUCUCCCACAAGUGGGGAGGAAAGUCAUGACACGCACCAGGAUGGAUUAAGGAAAAAUAAAGCACACAUGAGUUUGGAAUCAGCGGAAAAAGAAAACAAUACAUCAGUGAAUGGAGAUGUCACAGGGCAAGAAGAGUCUCAGAACGAAAUGUUCCCAGAUAAUACAAAAAAUGGAGUUUAUAAACAAAUGGCACACGUGACUGCUGAAGACACGAAUGGCAGCAGGGAAGAGACACAUGACAUCACCCAGACAACAGAAAGAGAAAUUCAAGAGAGCUCAGAAAACCAAAGAGAAGAGACUACCACAGCCCCAGUAACAUGCGAUACGGCCAAUAAAUGCACAAAUGGUCUUCUUCCCAAUGAUUCAAAGAGUCUAAAGCAAAAAGACAACAUAAUGGAAAAGGAGUAUCUCGAUGUGCUAAGUGAUGAUAGGGGCCCUCAAGUGUCUUGUUACAUCACAGCGCCUUCAUACCUUCUACAACAUCUAGAAUGCCGAAUAAUUAACAGCAUGAGUUCUUUGAUAGUGAGUGAUAAUGAAGAGUUGGUCAGCAAUGUCAUCACUGUUGAGUGCUCAGAUAUGGAAAUGAGAAUUCCAUUUCCAAUAUGCAUUGCAAUUCCAUUUACCGCAUGUUACAGGGGAAAUUACAAAGACAUCAUGGUGAAAAUGUCUGACAGAAAUCUUCAGUCAAGUUACCUAACCCCAAGUUCCCUGGAUGGAAUGAGAGGAAAUUAUAAGGGGACCUGUGCUGAAGUGAAAGUUUACAAGUUGGGUAUCUUCUCUGUCGUGUCCUGUUUAAAGAAAGAGUCCUUCACAGUAACAAAGAAAGGCCUCACUCUCAAGCCAAGCAUGGAUUCGCGGAUAUCCCUGCAUUACCCUCCGGGAGUUUUCGGCUCACCCGUGCUUGUGCAAUUAAAGAUCCAACCAGUUGACCCAUCUCUGGUGGCAUAUUUAAAAACACAGCAAGAUACUUCCUACUCCGUACUAUCCACCAGCCCUCUGAUUCAUGUGCAGCACCCAUCCACACAUCCUUUCCAGAAGCCAGUCAUUGUAUGCCUACCUUGUUCUUCACACCCUGAUAAAAAAAAUUUUGGGUCUGAGACAGAUCAUAAUAGAAGAGCCACUACCACAACAAAAACGAUGGUUUCUUUAUACUUCAACCGGACAAACAGUGCUUCUAUAAGAAAACCCGGGAACAAUGCCUGUGAAUCUUUGAAAUUACUGGGAUUCAGAAGCCGCGACAGUGGCUGGUUUGGUCUUGAUGGUGUUGCGGUGAGAACCACGCAGAGUGGCUUGGUAUCAUUUGAAUUGUGUGAACACUUAGAGAGGUUUAUUGUGGUCCACCUGUCCUCCAUUGUGGACAAUAGCCAUUUGGUUUCUUUUGUGAAAUCUUUAGAGGAAGCCAUGCUCAGCACCAGUGCCUGCAUUGUACUGUAUCACCAGAAAGACAGUCCACACCGAGUGGUUAUCUCAGUGGUGCCUUCUAAAGAUCUAAACCAGGAGCUUAGGAACCUGCGCUUGGAAGCCUGCAGUGGUCCUCCAGAGCCCUCUCGCCACUUCCAGGUGAAAGAAGGAGAACAACUUCUUUUAAGGUUUACUGGAAACAUAUUUGCUUCAAGCAAUGGGAAGGAUUAUGGAAAAGACUACAAGCUUAUUUUUCAUUUACAAAGAAAACCCAGGCUGGAACUCCAAAUCAAAGAGGUGGAUGAAUUUGGCAACUACAGCUGCUCGCAUUAUAAGGGCACUGUUGUAGUUUACAAACUACCUAAACAAAAGACAAUCCACAACUUGGACCAAUCUCUCAUACUUAAUGAAAACCACUAUCAGUUGCCAGUGUGUAAAUUACCAUUGAGACUACCAAAGCAUGAAAAAUUAAUCAACCGGCCACAGAGUACCAAAAGAAUUUCUACAGAUCCUCUAGAAGCCCUGUGGGAUAACUUGCUCUACUGGUUGGCCGAGGAGCUCUCAGAAGAAAACGCCACGAGUCUCUCCUCGUCCCUCCCCCUUCGCCGCAGCACCAUUCAGCUCAUCAAACUGAAAAACCCAGAUGAUCUCACAGAACAGAUCCACGAACUCCUCUGCUCCUGGAAGAAAUCACUCCCGAAUUCCACCGAUAAGCUUCGCCUUCUGGCUCGCCAUCUCCGCAAGAUCGGCAGGAGUGAUCUUUCGGAAGAGCUCAAGUUCAAGUGGGAAAAUAAAGUGUUCACCGAUCCCCAGCAGUGGUUUGAGGUGGCAGAGUAAAGCCGGCUGCUCCUUUGGGUCAGAGCUGGUUGUAAGAUUGUUUUCUGUCAACAUUUUAGUAGGGGCUCCCGGUAAUGGUGUCUGAAGUGAAUCUAUUUGAUAGAUGUGCUACCGAGACAAGGGCCAAAGCACUAGUCAGACAAUAAAAAGAUUCCUAGGUCUGAGGGCUCCUUCAUGGGUCAGUGAUAUGUGCUGUGCAAGCAUGACCGUCUUGGGUCCAGCCGAACUUAAUAGCAUUUGCAGUAGAGUUUGCUCGGUUCACAUUUUAAUAGGUGAAGUCUCUAAGCGUAAAGGAAAGAUAUGAUAUAUAGAAUCCCUUUUUAUUGUUUUAACAAUAGCAAUAUAGGCAGCAAUACACUGUUAUCUAGCUACAUAAAAGGAAAAUACUUAUCCAGGAUUCCAAGCAACUAAUCUUCAUUACGCGAUACAGUGGAGCCCAUAGGUAACAAUGCCAAAUAAAUUGGGCUGCGGAGAUCUGACCUAGAUGAUAGCAAAUCACUUUCAGAAAACAGGUUCUAAAUAAGUUAAAAAUAGAAUAACACUUCAUUCAUUUACUGUCACAAACCUUUCUUUUACUAAAAUGUAGCCUGGAAUAGGGAAAAACCUCAUGUUUUAUUACUCGUGGGAUGAGGGAAGUGCAGAGGAACUGAAAGAAUUCACCUACUUAGGAAAAAACUCUGCUUAUAAAUCAGUUUGAGAAAAAACUUAUUACAUGAGCCCUAUUUAAAAAGUUAAAAAAAACAACAACCCACAAACUAAAAGAAAAAAAUAGUAAUUAUCUAAGCCCCUUCAUCACUAAUAAUCCCUGCUAAUGUCUGAUGCAUAAGCUCUGAGACUUUGAAAAACCUAAAGCCCCUUUGCUCCCUGCACAGCAUGAAAUGAAAGGGACAUUACAUUAGUAACCAAUGUCUUUGAAUGUUUUAAUAGCUGCUUAAAAUCUCGUUUCAUAGCAUUGCCAUAUUAAUUUUAGUAUUACCUGUUUUGAAAAAUGUAAUGAUGUAGUACUUUUUUAUUUCUGGCUUUUUUAUUCAACUUUAUGUUGUUGAAAUUUAUCCAUGUUGUUUGGCAAUAGUUUGUUCCUUCUCAUUAAUAUAUAAUAUUCCAUUAUAUGCAUAUACUACAAAUAAAUGUCUAUUCCACUGUA